AUGGUAAUCAGGUCAGGGUUACCAGGACUGCUCAACUCAAUUUCAGGAUCCAGAGCCACACCUUGCAAAAAUAAAAUAACAAGGGGCGUGCAAAGCGGGAUCUUUCUAGUUGAGAAUGGAAUGGGUGUCCGAAGCAAGUCCCACUAUCGUACUCUGACAUUCCUGACGAGGAAGGUUAGCAAGCCAGUGUUUGAGAGCGCCGGCAUUUCUAAAGUAGAAGCAAUUGGUGGAAACAUGAAGGUCAACCAAGUAGCAGCAACUGGCCUCAGAAGGCUCUCGACAUUCCGCCCAAAUAAGAUAUGUGCAGACAACACAUUGUUAAAUAAUGCAAACAAGCACAGGCUAAGUUCAGCCCUGAAAAACUUAAAUACAGUAAAUACGAGAUUUAUAAACACCGGAAGCAAAAAUAGUACAGUUGGUAGCGGCAGCAACACAAGCAAAGCCGAGUUAACAAAAAAUAAAAAAGAUGCCGGCCUGAGUGAUAAAAGCGUUAGGACCAUGGCGACAGCGUCGAAUGUAUCCAGCAUGAGAAAGGGGCACAUAUCACAAGUAAUCGGGGCAGUGGUGGACGUGAGGUUCGAAGGGCCGCCGCCGCCGAUACUUAACGCACUGUGGGUAGACAACGACGGAACGAGGCUGUCGCUGGAAGUGGCACAGCACCUGGGCGACGGAGUAGCAAGAAGCAUAGCAAUGGGAGCAACCGAAGGGCUUAUGCGAGGCCAGGAGGUGCUGGACACAGGCUCGCCAAUAACAGUGCCAGUGGGAACGCCGACGCUGGGAAGAAUCAUGAACGUGACGGGCGACGCAAUAGACGGAUUCGGACCAAUCAAGUCGGAAAACCACCUGCCGAUCCACAGAGCAGCGCCCUCGUUCGACGAGCAGAAGAGCGACGAGGCGCUGCUGAUCACAGGAAUCAAAGUGGUCGACCUCCUGGCGCCCUACGCAAAGGGAGGAAAGAUAGGACUCUUUGGAGGAGCAGGAGUGGGAAAGACAGUGCUGAUCAUGGAGCUGAUCAACAACGUGGCCAACAAGCACGGAGGAUACUCGAUCUUCGCAGGCGUCGGAGAGAGGACGAGGGAGGGCAACGAGCUCUACCACGAGAUGAUGGCGACGGGGGUCAUUAAGAGGGCGAGUCUGGUGUACGGGCAGAUGAACGAGCCGCCGGGAGCAAGGGCGAGGGUGGCGCUGACGGGGCUGACGGUGGCGGAGUAUUUCAGGGACGAGCAGAACCAGGACGUGCUGCUUUUCAUAGACAACAUCUUCAGGUUCACGCAAGCCGGAAGUGAAGUUAGUGCCCUCCUGGGCAGAAUACCGAGUGCAGUGGGAUAUCAGCCGACACUGGCGACGGAUCUGGGAUCACUGCAGGAGAGAAUUACGACGACGAAGAAGGGCUCAAUCACGUCAGUGCAGGCAAUAUACGUGCCAGCAGACGAUAUAACAGACCCGGCACCAGCAACGACGUUCACGCACCUGGACGCGACGACGGUGCUCUCGAGGCAGAUAGCGGAGCUGGGCAUAUACCCAGCAGUGGACCCGCUGGACAGCACGAGCAGAAUGCUGAGUGCGCACAUCGUGGGCGAGCGCCAGUACAACGUCGCGAGAGCAGUGCAGAAGAUACUCCAGGACUACAAGUCGCUGCAGGACAUCAUAGCAAUCCUGGGAAUGGACGAGCUGAGCGAGGACGACAAGUUCGUGGUCGCGCGCGCAAGGAAGGUCCAGAGGUUCCUCUCGCAGCCAUUCCAGGUCGCAGAGGUCUUCACGGGGAAGCCAGGAAGGUUCGUGGAGCUCCCAGACACGAUAGAAGGUGCGGAGCAAAUACUCAACGGAAGCUGCGACGACCUUCCAGAGAUGGCCUUCUACAUGGUGGGAGACAUAAAGGAGGCGAAGGAGAAGGCGGUGGAGAUGCUGAAGACGAGGUGA